GGCUCCUCCUUCCUGGAGCCGCGGCUGAGGCGGCGGCGAGGCGGCGCUGAGUGGCCCUCGGGACACGCGCCUGCCCCGACCGUAUGCGGUGACUGGUGCGGCGCAGGCGCCUCCUGCCCCGCCGGCGGGGCCCGGGCUCUCCGCGGCGGGAUGUUCUCCCGAAGGAGCCACGGGGAUGUCAAGAAGUCCACUCAGAAGGUGCUGGACCCCAAGAAGGACGUGCUGACCCGCCUGAAGCACCUGCGGGCGCUGCUGGAUAAUGUGGAUGCAAGCGACCUUAAGCAAUUUUUUGAGACCAACUAUUCUCAGAUAUAUUUCAUCUUCUAUGAAAAUUUUGUAACACUGGAAAACAGUUUGAAAUUAAAAGGGAAUAACAAAUCCCAAAGGGAGGAGCUGGACUCCAUCCUCUUUCUUUUUGAAAAAAUACUACAGUUUCUACCUGAACGAAUUUUCUUUCGAUGGCAUUACCAGAGUAUAGGUUCCACUCUAAAGAAGCUGCUGCACACUGGAAAUUCUAUUAAGAUACGCUGUGAAGGAAUCAGACUAUUUCUUUUGUGGCUGCAAGCACUUCAGACAAACUGUGCAGAAGAGCAGGUGCUGAUUUUUGCUUGCCUGGUGCCUGGUUUCCCAGCAGUCCCAUCCUCCAGGGGACCCUGCACGCUGGAGACACUCAUCAACCCCAGCCCUAGUGCAGCUGAUGCAAAGAUUUAUCCAGAAGAAAUCACUGCGCUCGUGCCAGCCAUAUCAGGAGAGAAGAUCGCUGAGGACCAAACCUGCUUUUUCCUUCAAAUACUGUUGAAGUACAUGGUUAUUCAGGCUGCAAGCUUGGAGUGGAAGAAUAAGGAGAAUCAAGAUACUGGUUUUAAAUUUCUUUUUACAUUGUUCCGAAAGUAUUAUCUUCCUCAUUUAUUUCCGUCAUUUACUAAGCUAACAAACAUCUACAAACCUGUACUUGACAUCCCCCAUGUAAGAUCAAAGCCAGUGUACAUCACUACAACUCGAGACAAUGAAAGCAUUUACAGUACAAAAAUCCCCUACAUGGCAGCCCGUGUUGUUUUUAUUAAGUGGAUUGUCACUUUCUUUUUGGAGAAAAAGUAUCUAACUGCAACACAGAACACUAAAAAUGGAGUUGAUGUAUUGCCUAAAAUCAUCCAGACUGUUGGUGGAGGUGCUGUGCAAGAGAGGGCGUCAGAGUCAGAUGCCGGUGAGCCCACUGAGCAGGAGAAAAGCCAUUCGAACAGCAGCACCCUGUCCGACCGAAGACUCAGCAACUGCAGCCUCUGUAGCAUUGAAGAGGAGCACCGGCUGGUGUACGAAAUGGUGCAGCGCAUUCUCCUGUCAACGCGAGGUUAUGUCAACUUCGUGAAUGAAGUAUUUCGUCAGGCCUUCUUGUUGCCUUCCUGUGAGAUAGCUGUAACAAGGAAAGUUGUGCAAGUAUACAGAAAGUGGAUCCUCCAGGACAAACCUAUUUUCAUGGAGGAACCGGAUAAAAAUGACCCUGCUCAAGAAGAUACAGAAAAACUCGAGUUUUCAGAAACUGAUAGCAAGGAGGCCCCAGUUGGAAGCUCAGGUCAUAAGCGAUCCUCCAGCUGGGGGCGCACCUACUCCUUCACUACUGCCAUGAACAGAGGCUGCGUGACCGAGGAGGACAACACCAACGUGAAAGCUGGGGCCCAGGCUAUGCUGCAGGUAUUUUUGACAAAUGCUGCAAAUGUCUUUUUGCUGGAACCGUGUGCUGAAGUUCCCAUGCUCUUGAAAGAACAAGUCGAUGCUUGUAAAGCUGUUUUAAUUAUUUUUAGGCGCAUGAUAAUGGAGCUUACAAUGAAUAAAAAGACAUGGGAGCAGAUGUUGCAAAUACUACUCAGGAUAACAGAAGCUGUCAUGCAGAAGCCAAAGGAAAAACAAACAAAGGACUUGUUUGCCGAGAGCUUGGCAGGGUUACUUUUUAGGACUCUCAUCGUAGCUUGGAUCCGAGCAAACCUUUGUGUGUACAUCUCUCGGGAACUCUGGGAUGACUUCCUCAGGGUGCUGUCCUCCCUCACUGAGUGGGAGGAGCUCAUAAACGAGUGGGCCAACAUCAUGGACUCCUUGACUACUGUGCUCGCAAGAACCGUCUAUGGAGUUGAGAUGACAAACCUACCUCUGGAUAAAUUGAGUGAACAAAAGGAAAAGAAGCAGCGAGGGAAAGGCUGUGUCCCAGAAACUCAGAAAGGAACUACCGUGGGCCGGUCCUUUUCUCUCAGCUGGAGAAGCCACCCAGAUCUGGCUGAGCCCGUGAGGGUUCGGAGCGCCACCACGUCUGGAGCCCCUGGGGCCGAGAAGGCCAGAAAUAAUGCUCGUCAGAAGACAACUGCGAAGCGCAGCCAGUCUAUCAGCAACUGUGUGCACCUCUCUGAGCCCUUGCCUGCCACUAGGAGCGUCCCACUCCUCCUCCACACCGUGAGCGUGCUCUUCCCUGCUCUCUCUUACUCCUCUUGCUCUCACAGGCUCUCAGAGGUGGAAGAAUGUCAGCAGUCGGAAAAUGCACCUGCCGCUGGGUCUAGUCAGCUCGUGGUGGGACAGCCGCAGGUGCUUCGAAGCAGCAGUACAUCAGAUAUCACCGAGCCACUGAGCUCAGAUUCUCCUCAGGGACAAAAAAUAGAAAAUAUACAGAAUUUGUGUUCUUCAGAGCUCAAGCCUAUUCAAGAAAGCAAAGGACAUGUGAAGAAAGAACAUGAAGGGAUAACAAUCUUAAUUCGAAGGAGCAGCAGCCCUGCUGAAUUGGAUUUGAAAGCUGAUUUGCAACAGACUCAAGGACAAUGUAAAGAAAGACAAAAGAGUGAAAGUGCCAGCAGUGACAUAGUUCUGGGCUGUGACAGCGAGGUGGAGCUCUCUGGGAGCCCAUGGCAGACCUGUGAGGAAGACCCAGAAUUAAACACUCCCACAGAUGUUGUGGCUGACCCUGAUGCCCGCCAUUGGUUACAGCUGAGUCCCACUGAUGCUUCCAACUUAACAGACAGCAGCGAGUACCUGGUGGAUGACUGUAGUAUCGUUGCUGGAGGGAAUCUCACUGGGUGGCACCCAGACUCUGCAGCUGUGCUAUGGCGAAGAGUUUUGGGAGUCCUCGGAGAUGUGAAUAACAUUCAGUCACCCAAGAUCCAUGCCAAAGUCUUUGGCUAUCUCUGUGAACUCUGGUACAAGCUAGCAAAGAUCCGGGAUAAUCUAGCAAUCAGCCUGGAUAACCAGUCUUCUCCAUCCCCUCCGGUCUUGAUCCCACCACUCAGAAUGUUUGCAUCAUGGCUAUUCAAGGCGACGACACUGCCAAAUGAAUAUAAGGAAGGCAAACUGCAAGCCUACAGACUCAUCUGUGCCAUGAUGACCAGACGCCAGGAUAUGCUGCCAAACUCGGAUUUCCUGGUGCAUUUUUACCUUGUGAUGCACCUGGGAUUAACCAGCGAGGAUCAGGACAUCUUAAAUACCAUCAUAAGGCACUGUCCGCCCCGCUUCUUCUCCCUGGGUCUGCCUGGCUUCUCCAUGCUGGUAGGGGACUUCAUUGCAGCGGCCGCCAGGGUCCUCAGCACAGACACGCUGGCGGCACCUCGCUCCGAAGCCCUCACCAUCCUUGGCUCCCUCGUCUGCUUCCCAAAUACCUACCAGGGGCUUCCUCUGCUGCAGUCCGUGCCAGAAGUGAAUGAGGUCAUUACAGGAGACGAAGAUGUCAAGCAUUACCUCAUAAAUAUUUUACUGAAGAAUGCCACAGAGGAACCAAAUGAAUGUGCAAGAUGCAUUGCUAUUUGCUCCCUCGGAGUGUGGAUCUGUGAAGAGCUUGCGCAGAGCACAAGCCAUCCCCAGGUGAAAGACGCCAUCAAUGUGAUAGGUGUGACUUUGAAGUUUCCUAACAAAACUGUGGCUCAGGUAGCUUGCGACGUGCUUCAGCUGCUGGUUUUGUACUGGGACAAGCUCCAGGCAUUUGAAACCUCGCUGCCUCGGAAGGUGGCAGAAAUCCUCGUGGCCACGAUUGCGUUCCUCUUACCGAGCGCAGAGUACUCCAUGGUGGAAGCAGACAAGAAGUUCAUUGUGUCCUUGCUGCUCUGCCUCUUGGACUGGUGCAUGACGCUGCCCGUGAAUGCCCUCCUCCACCCCGUGUCCACCGUGCUCCUGGAGGAACAGCAGAUGGCUCGAGCCCCCUUACUGGAUUACAUCUACAGGGUUCUGCACUGUUGUGCCUGUGGCUCAAGCACGUACACCCAGCAGAGUCACUACACACUGACCUUGGCUGACCUGUCCUCCGCUGAUUAUGACCCCUUCCUGCCCCUGGCGAGUGUGAAGAAUUCGGAGCCAGUCCAGUACCAUUCAGCAGCAGAAUUGGGAAACCUACUGACUGUGGAAGAGGAGAAGAAGAGAAGAAGCGUGGAACUGAUCCCACUCACUGCCCGCAUGGUCAUGGCCCACCUGGUCAAUCACCUGGGCCACUACCCGCUGAGCGGGGGCCCCGCCAUGCUGCACAGCCUGGUCAGUGAGAACCACGACAACGCCCACGUGGACGGCUCCGAGCUGUCCUCAGAGGUGUUCCGGAGCCCCAACCUGCAGCUGUUUGUGUUUAACGACAGCACGCUCAUCUCCUACCUUCAGACGCCCACGGAGGGCCCGGCAGGCCGGUCACCAGGGGGCGCCCUCUCCGACGUCAGAGUCAUCGUGAGGGAUAUCUCAGGGAAGUACUCUUGGGAUGGCAAGGUUUUGUAUGGGCCUUUAGGAGGCUGCUUGGCACCCCGUGGAAAAAAUCCCUCGUUUCUGAUUUCGGGCUGGAAUCAUCACUCACGCGGACCUCAAAAAGACUUUCCUCAAACUGAGGAGGGAGAUGACGUGCUCGACAAGUUACUUGAAAACAUUGGCCACACGAGUCCAGAAUGCCUUUUACCAUCACAGCUCCACCUGAAUGAGCCCUCCCCGCCCCCGUGUGGAAUGAACUGUGACCAGGAGAAGGCGAUCAUGGAGGCCAUUCUGCGGCAGCACGCACAGGAAGAUGAACACGUUCGGAGGUGUGGCUCGGACACUGGCAUGGGAGUCACCAGCCAGGGGCAGCCGCCCCCAGUGGAGCCCCGGGGGCCCUUCUAUUUCUGCAGGCUGCUGCUCGAUGACUUGGGAAUGAAUUCCUGGGAUAGGAGGAAGAAUUUUCACUUGUUGAAGAAAAAUUCAAAAUUAUUGCGAGAGCUAAAAAAUCUGGACUCCCGUCAAUGCCGUGAGACCCAUAAGAUCGCUGUGUUCUACAUUGCUGAAGGGCAAGAAGACAAAUGUUCCAUCCUCUCCAAUGACAGGGGAAGCCAAGCGUACGAAGACUUUGUUGCUGGACUUGGAUGGGAGGUGGAUCUGUCCACUCACUGUGGCUUCAUGGGCGGCCUUCAGCGCAACGGCAGCACCGGGCAGACGGCCCCUUACUACGCUACCUCGACCGUGGAAGUGAUUUUCCAUGUUUCCACUCGGAUGCCAUCCGACUCUGAUGAUUCUCUCACCAAAAAGCUCCGUCACCUGGGGAAUGACGAGGUCCACAUCGUCUGGUCGGAGCACUCCAGGGACUACCGCAGGGGAAUCAUCCCAACCGCCUUCGGAGAUGUCUCCAUCAUCAUUUACCCAAUGAAGAAUCACAUGUUCUUUAUCACCAUAACGAAGAAGCCCGAGGUUCCGUUUUUUGGCCCCCUCUUUGAUGGAGCCAUUGUGAGCGGGAAACUGCUGCCCAGCCUCAUCUGUGCCACGUGCAUCAAUGCCAGCAGGGCUGUGAAGUGCCUCAUCCCACUCUACCAGAGCUUCUACGAAGAGCGGGCUCUGUACCUCGAAGCCAUCAUCCAGAACCACCGUGAAGUCAUGACAUUCGAGGAUUUCGCGGCGCAGGUCUUCUCUCCCUCGCCCAGCCACUCGCUCAGCGGAACGGGUGAGUGUCUACGGUAUUCUUGCCUCGACACUUAGGACGCAUUCGAGCAGCAGAUGUACACCUGUUUUUCACAGAUAAAUGCUUGCAAAUUUCAGAAGAGCCUUCUCUCUGAAUCAGCUAAUGAAUAUCAAAAGGAAUGAUGACAUUCAUUUUCGUGUGUUUUGUAUCCGAGCUGUUCACUGGGUUCCUCUCCAGCCGUCCUGUUAACCUCCGCGUCUCGCAAGGUUAAUGAACUUUUUUUUCUCAGCCGUGCGCCCCAGUUCAUUCAGCAGUGUGGGCUUCUUGCUGAGCUGGGAAUAUGUUGUUUAGGAGCGGCGCCUGAAUCAGUGCUUUACUUAUCAAGAAAGAGUUCCUCCCAGACUCAUGCUAAAUGGGGAUUAUGCUACCGAGAUGCUGGGGUCAGGGAUUAAUGCAAGAGACACGGGAGGACAGUGUCCCCAGGCCCGUGAUGUCAGAGCGCAGGGCUCACGCUCCUCGCCAGAGUGGCCGGUGUCGUGUGGACAGGCCGCCGACCGGAGCAGCACCUGGCAUGGGAGUCACUGCGGAAACCAGCAUACUGUCAUUUCCUUUGAUUAGGCUCCAGGGAAAAAGCGAUUAAAAAAAAUAAAUUCCACAGAUCUCCUUGUUUUUAAGUAUUUAUUCUUUUUUAUGUUUCUGGUUUCGGGGAGAAAAAAAGUGUGCUGCCACUUAAACUGAUUAUAUGAUUACUGUUUUUUCCUCCAAAGAAUGGAAUUAUUACUUGUAAAUUUCUGCAUGUAAUUACAGAUUAAUUGCCUUUCAGAGAGUAAAUGGGAUAUUUAGUCAAUGCAUGUGGAAAUCCUCAAUGAGGGGCUUCCUGCAUCUUCCACCGGUUCCAACACGACUGUUGGAGUGCUUAAUAGAUUUCUAACCUGCAUCAAUUGUCUCUGAGCACUGCCUCACUUCUCCUAUUCCGACUUGUUAACAAAUAUCUUACACACAACGUGAAAAAAAAUUAAAUUCAGUGAAAUAAAUCACUUACAAAUAAAAUCAGCCAUGCAUCAUUGUUUAACAUCGCUGGCUUCUGUGCUUGCCUCUCGGAGCUUUGUCGGGAGAUAAGAGGGAGAGGCGUGCACUUGCUCGGGGAGCCAGGAGCAGCAGGCAGAAGGCUCAGGAGAUAAGCAAGCUGGCAGAGGUGCGGGAGCAGGCGCGAUUUACAUAAUCACGCCUCUGCUUCCCGGGGAGGCGUCAAGAAACACUGGGCUGGCCUCCAUUGAUCUCCGAGGAACCGGAAUACUAAACAACACGAGAAAAGCUUAUAACUUAAAGCUUUGAUUAAUGUUUCUUACGUUAAAAAAAAAAAAAGCUGGAACAGCUGUGAAUUGAAUUCUUUUAUACACUCUGCCCACAUUCUGCGAAA